AUGGCUGAAACAGAGAAACAACAAAGGUCUCAAGAUGGGCCUAUCCUGCGAAGCAGUUUUCAGCAGGAUGAGAAUUCUGCCGAACAGGCUUCUCACUCAACUACGCAGACCGAUUCAUUAAACCUGGGGAUUGGUGAUGAUCGCAAAAAGAAGCUCGGCGUGCUUUGGGGCUCAGCACUCAUGCAGCUCCCACUCUGGGGCUUCAAUCUGAGUUACGGUAUUUUUGAAGAAUAUUGGACAAGCAACUGGACUCUUGAUGGCGAUCUCUCCAUUACUGGCACAGUCGGCACUACCUCCAAUGGAGUCAUGUACAUCUCCAUGCCGUUCCUAUUUGCCAUAUUCACCCGCUACUGGGCUCAUCACCGGCUCAAAGCAGAGCUUGUAGGCCUUAUCAUAGCAUUCCUUGGGUUCAUUCUCUCCUCCUUCAGUACUCAUGUGUGGCAUCUCAUGGUGACACAAGGCGUCAUGGCUGCCUUUGGAUGUACUCUUGUGUAUAGUCCAGCAACAUGUUCUCUUGGGGAGUGGUAUGCCACUGGAAACCGCGCUAUUGCCUAUGGUAUCAUUCUCUCGUGUAGAAACAUUGUUGGUUCGGUUUGUCCUUUUCUGCUGCGGUAUCUUCUUGACCAAUACGGCUUUCGGUGGACAAUCCGGAUAUGGGCGUUCAUUCUGGCUGGGUCAGGUCUUUUGUCCAUCGUUCUCGUCCCGACUCAUCCUUCCAAGAUGGUGGCACGGGAGGGGAAGCCUCCUCGUAUACCAUGGACAUUCCUGAAACACCGUGGCAUUUACACGUACUUCGCUGCAGUCAUGGUUCAAAGUUCUGGAUACUGUCUACCGCAGACGUAUCUCCCAACAUUUGCAAGAGAGUUCAACGGCGCCAGUCAAGCUAUUUCCACUCUAUUGCUUACAUUGCACAACAUACCAGGCAUUCUCUCGUGCUUCUUCUUUGGUUGGCUUACUGACAACAAGUAUCAUCAAUUCUCGGCCGCUACCAUCACUUGCCUCUCAGCCUUCGCAUCAUCAGCAUCUGUCCUUUUGCUCUGGGGAAUGUCAGUAGACGGGAGUCCUGCCCUUACACUUGUAUUUGCUAUCGUCUUUGGCUUCUUCGCUGGGGGUUACAGUGCAACCUGGGGAGGCAUUACAAAGGAACUAGAGAGUGAAGCAGAGGAGCAUGACGAGACUAUCGACUCGAGUCUUACAUAUGGGCUUCUCAAUGGAGCUCGAGGUAUUGGAUUCGUCAGUGGUGGACUUGUAAGUAUCCCACUGCUGAGUGCUGGUGACACAGGCUGGGGAGGAAGGUUUGGCUACGGGACCAAGUAUGGCCCACUCAUGGUAUUCACUGGCAUUGCAGUUGCUUUUGGUGGCCUGGGCUUGAUCAGGGCUGCAAGAUUAAGGCCACGCAAGACUUCAGCCUCAGGUUAA